AUGACGUCUGCCCCGCCUCCCAUUUCCUCCGAUGCCUCCGCAUCAAAGAGGACGUUUAUUAUCGGAACGCGCCAAUCGAAGCUGGCCCUCCUCCAGACCAACCUGGUGCUUGCGGCGCUGAAAGAAGCAAACCCAGAUUGCUCGUUUGAUAUCCAUUCGCGCGAAACAGCGGGUGACAAGAAUACCAACAUCGCCUUCCGAGAGUUUACAACCAAGAACCUUUGGACUGAGGAGCUGGAGGAGCUUUUGAUUGCUGGACAUGUGGAUUUCAUUGUACAUUCUUUGAAGGAUGUCCCAACCCUCAUUCCGUCGUCAUGUACCCUGGGACCGAUGAUGAAGCGUGAAGACAGCAGGGAUGUCUUGGUGGUGAAGCAAGGAUUGCCACAUAAGAGUCUCGCCGAUUUGCCCGCCGGAGCCGUCGUGGGAACUUCGUCCGUCCGCCGGAGCGCACAACUAGCACAAAAAUACCCUCAUCUGAAGGUCGUGGAUGUGCGCGGAAACAUCGGUACUCGUCUGGCCAAGCUGGAUGCAGAGGAUAGUCCAUUCAGUUGCAUAAUCUUGGCUGCGGCCGGUCUGCACCGGCUGGGUCUUGAGGACCGUAUCUCUCAGUACCUGGAUUCGAAGAAUGGAUCUAUGCUACAUGCGGUUGGACAAGGUGCCCUUGGGAUUGAGAUUCGCAAGAAUGAUAAGCAGAUCCACGAUAUGCUGAGCAAUAUCGGUGACAAGGAGACUACGCUGGCAGCAUUGGCGGAGCGAAGCUUGCUGAGAACCCUAGAGGGAGGCUGCAGUGCUCCACUGGGAGCUGAGACAGAAUGGGUUCAAGCCGCUGACGGCUCUUCUAAGUUAAGGAUGCGAUCCAUAGUCGUCAGUGUGGACGGCAGUCGGAGCGCCGAAGUCGAGGUUGACGGUGUUGUUGACUCUGCCGAAGCUGCUGAAGAGUUUGGCGUUACGGUUGCCAAGGCACUGGUCAAGAAAGGCGCAGGUUCCAUUCUGGAGGAAAUCCAGCAGAACAAAGUGACAUCGUGA